AUGGACGAAAAACGCUUUCACCUCCCGUUUGAAUUCGACAAUGAUGAUAGGUUUGGACCUUGGGACAUUCUUCUUAGUGAAAACGCCGUCAAAAACUUGAAGCAGUUAGGCGUAUCCACGACUAACAAAGUUUUAAAAAAGCUCGGACAAUUGUCAACCGGAGCGUGGAUUCAACAUCAACUUGUGAACAUAAUCCGCUCGGAUACUACACUUACAUAUGAGGUGAAGCUAUCCGAAAAGGAUGACCCAAAAAUUAUUUGGCAAAUUGAUAGCGGGUUUUCUACUCGCCAGUCUUUACUGAUGCAAAACAUAAAGGUUUGGGCCAUCACAAAUAAUCAAGAAGAAAUUGAGGACGUCUUGGAAAAUCUCGAGAUGGCUCACCAAGUCUAUACUGUUGAACAUAUAAAUCGAUGCGCAGUCGAAGUAAGCCAAGAUGGUGUUACUUUACCGAAAGUGUUUGAAGGAGAGGAAGCGAUGAAAUCUACCGAGAGUAGAUUGGAUGUCCUCCAGGAAGAUGACGAAAGAAUGUUAGAAGUACAUAAGGCCCUUGUUACGAAUAAAUUCGUUCCUUUAUCAACGAGUUUGAUGAAAGCGCUCGCCAGAGGCCAUUCUGGUUUUACCUUUCAAGUAUCCAAGAUUGAACACGAAAUCGUCAAUCACCCUAAAUCGGCAAUCAUUAUUGGUCGAUCAGGCACCGGAAAAACGACUUGUAUUGUAUUUCGAUUAAUCGCAUCGUGCUUGGCACGCGAACUUGAUAUCGCUCAUCGUGAUGAUGAGUAUUUGCAGAAAAGGCAGAUAUUUAUUACAGCAAAUUACUACUUAUGUGUCCGAGUAAAAGACUAUUUUAAUCGAUUGAAAGAAUCGGUAGACCAUGCCGGAGAAAGAAUAUCCAAAGCUCAGUUUAAUGAAUAUAUAAGGAGGAGAGGAACUGUCGUUAAUGCUAACGUGGCCAAUGAUGUAAUGCUUGAAGAAGGGGAUGAGUUUAAUAACAUUCCAGACUCAUUUCGUCAAUUGACAGAAGCUCAUUUCCCUCUAUUCAUAACUUUUGAGAAAUUUAUGCGGAUGCUUCAAGGAACAUACGGAAUAGAUUUGCAGAAGCUGACCGUUAGACCAGAGUUGGAUACAGGUGAUGAAGACGAUGUGGAAGGAUCUCGACGAAGGUUGCCUUUCAUCAAAAAGGAGCAUUUCGUAAACUAUAAUCUCUUUCGGAAAAGAUAUUGGGACCAUUUCGAUCAUGAUAGUAAACGAAACUUGGAGUGCGGACUAGUUUAUUCCGAGUUUGCCGUCAUCAAGGGCACGGAUCCAGUGGAUCAUUUAUCAAGAGAAGAGUAUCAAGCUAUUAGCACUAAAAAAUAUCCAGCAUUCCGCCAUAACCGUGAUCAGGUUUAUGAUUUGUUUCUGCAAUACGAAAAGAAGAAAGCACGCAAUGGUGAUCAUGACUCAAUAGAUCG